AUGUAUGGGGAAAUUUCAUUGCUUGAUACAACUGCAUUUAUAAAGACAAAGCUUCUAAAGCAUGGCUUUAUAAGUCUAUCUGACCUUUUAAAAUCAAAUUCUGCUCAAAUAUCAAAAGAAACCAAAAUUUCUGAAGUUCAAAUUGAAGAUCUAAUUAAGCAGGCUCAUAUAUAUGAAAAUAAAAUAGAUUCCUACUUAAGAGACCAGAGAGUCAUCAAUGAUAGGAUCGUUACUCUUUGCAAAAAUAUUGAUAAAGUAUUAGGAAACGGAAUUAGAUUAGGCGGGGUUCAUGAAAUUGUUGGAUGCCCAGGAAUGGGAAAAACACAAAUUCUUAUGCAAAUUUGCCAUACAGUGCAAAUCCCUGAAGAACUUGGAGGAUUAAAUGGCUGCAGCUUAUAUAUUGACACAGAUGGAAAUUUUUCACAAUCAAGGUUGAGACAAAUUACAGAAGGGUAUGCAAGCUAUUUCCUUAAAAAUUGAGGGAUUGAAAUAAAUAAAAGAAAAACAUGAGAAAAUAUUGACUAUGUAAGAGUUACUUCGGAGCAGCAGCUAUUGCUGCUUUUAGAUAAUAUCGCCCAAUAUUUAAAAUUAAAUUGCAAACUGAUUGUCAUUGAUUCAAUUGGAUUUUUGCUUAAAGAAAUGCAAACUGCAAGCAAUGUUCAAAAAGCAAAAAUUAUGACAAGAAUUGGACUUAAGAUGCAAGAGCUUGCAUGCAGCAGAAAACUUGCUGUCGUUGUGGCAAAUAAAAUUACUUUUCAUGAAGGCAGAGGACAAAAACCUCAAUUUGGUGAGUCUUGAAGCUCAGUUUUAAGUAGCAGUCUUUAUUUAGGAAUUGCAGAAAAUAGCAGCCAAAGAUGUGCGACAAUGAUAAAAGGGGGUCUUACUGAAGAUCUCCUUACUUUUGAUAUACAUUCUGAUGGGUUAUAUGAUUUAGACUAA